AUGAAGUGUGAAGCGGGAAAUGUAAAUGGGAAUAGGAAUAGGAAUAUGAGGAUAGGGCGCUCAUUAGAUACCAUUACUAUCGAUAUCAUUGGAAGAAGAAACAGAAGAAAAGAAGAGGAAGAGGAAGAGGAAGAGGAAGAGGAAGAGGAAGAGGAAGAGGAAGAGGAAGAGGAAGAGGAAGAGGAAGAGGAAGAGGAAGAGGAAGAGGAAGAGGAAGAGGAAGAAUAA